AUGGGAAGAACGAAGCCGUUCGGGCUGCUGGCUGUGUUGCUGAGCGCGGCUUUGCUCGGGCAACUCCGGCUUGCGGCGGCGCAGGAGGUGUUCACUACUCAAUUUCUAUCGGAUGAAGGGGAUUCCGGAGAUUGCGUGGAGAUGUAUGGAAAUGCGACAUAUACCCUGAUGACGUGCGGCCAGAUGACAUGCGAUAAUUACGACUACGACAAUGACAACUACGAAGCCGAGUACAUCGACGUCGACGACGAAGGAGCCGAGCACGUCGACUUCCACGACCAAGGAACCGACUUCGACGAGCGGGACCUCGACAUCAUCUACCUCGACCGGAACAACGAGUGGAACGACUUCUGGAUCUAUUACGGCUACAACAACGACUCUGACUUCGACGAGGGGCUCGACAUCGGGUUCAACAAGCACUACAACUUCAACGACGACUUCAACUCCGACAAAAGCGACCAACGGCACGAGUUCGGAUUCGAGUUCUCCUUCUGGAACCUCGACAGGAUCUUCUACUGCUAUCCCGGCAAUUUCAACCACUACGGUCUCUACUUC